AUGGCCCCCGCACUCACUGAUUCCGCGGCUCCCGCAUCCCACCGGCUCGAUGCGCCGCUGGAACUCUUCCCCGAUGGUCUGAAGACCACCGGCCAGCACCCCCCGCUAUACGACCACAUCCACCCCUUUGACCACUUCCCGCGCCAGAUCACCGGCCCUACCGUCUGGAAAGCCGAGGACUACCGCGAUCACCCGGAGAAGUGGACGCAUGUCUUCACACCAUCGCAGAUUGAGGAACUCAGCGCGACGUCGGAUGCUUUCCUUGCAUCCAAGACCCCGCUGACUGGCAUUUCCAAGAGCAACUUCCCUCUCCCCACUCUCGCGCCGUUCCUGAAGACACUGCGCAAAGACCUGAUUGACGGCAAGGGCUUUAUCCUCUUCAAGGGCUUCCCCGUCGAGAAAUGGGGCAACCACAAGUGUGCUGUUGCAUACAUGGGUCUGGGCACGUACCUGGGCUACUUCGUCAGCCAGAACAGCCGCGGCCACGUUCUGGGUCAUGUCAAGGAUCUCGGCGAGGACGCGGAGCAGAUUGACAAAGUGCGAAUCUACCGGACCAAUGCUCGCCAAUUCUUCCACGCCGACGACUCCGACAUUGUCGGUCUCCUCUGUAUCGCCAAGGCCCUCGAGGGCGGAGAGUCUGACCUCGUUUCCUCGCAUCACGUCUACAACACCCUCGCCGUUGAGCGGCCCGAUGUCCUGAAGACCUUGACCGAGCCGAUCUGGUACUUUGACCGCAAGGGCGAGACCAGCAAGGGCGAGGACGAGUACAUUCGCACGAGCGUGGUGUACCUAGAGCGCGGCGAGAACGGCCGCGUGUACACGAAAUGGGAUCCCUACUACGUGCGCUCCUUGAACCGCUUCUCUGACGCGGGUAUCAUCCCGCCCAUGUCCGACGCGCAGCAGGAAGCUUUGAAGGUGCUGGAGGAGACCUGCGUCCGCCUCUCGCUACACAUGGUCCUGGACGUCGGCGAUAUCCAGUUCCUUGCCAACUCGCAUAUUUUCCACGCGCGCACUGCCUAUACGGACCACGCGCCUCCUACGCCCCGCCGCCACUUGAUGCGCCUGUGGCUUGCGACUCCGGAGCAUGAAGGUGGCUGGAAGCUGCCUUUCUGGGAUAGCAAUGAGAAGAAGCGCGGUGGUAUCCAGGUUGAUGACCAGCCCCCUGUGGCGCCGCUAGAUGCGGAGUAA